AUGGACCACGGGGCAGUGUGCGCCGGGUGCCACCGGCUCAUCACGGACAGAUUCCUGCUCCGCGUCACCGGCGGCCUCUGGCACGAGGCGUGUGUGCGGUGCGCGGCGUGCGGGGACGCGCUCCGGAACUCCUGCUUUCUGCGCGACCGCAAACUCUACUGCAAGCGGGACUACGCCGAUCUGUUUGCAGCGCGUUGUGGCGGCUGCACAGAGGCCGUCUCGCCUGCAGAUCUGGUGAUGCGAGCAGGGGCCGCUGUGUUCCACCUGCGCUGCUUCACCUGCAGCGUCUGUUCCUGCCGCCUGCAGACCGGAGACCGCUGCGUCCUCAGGGAGGGACAGCUACUGUGUGCCAAGGAGGACUACCACCGGUGUCUGGUCAGCCCAACCUCCUCUGACACAGGUAAGAGUGAUGAUGAUGAAGAGGAAGAAGAGGAGGAGGAAUCUGAGAGAGUUACAGGGAGACGAAUUCGAGCAGAAGACCUGGAGAGCAAACGUCCUAAAAGACCUCGGACUAUUUUGACAACUCAACAGAGACGAACCUUCAAAGCCUCGUUCGAGGUCUCAUCCAAACCUUGUCGAAAGGUAAGGGAGACCUUGGCAGCAGAGACUGGCCUGAGCGUCCGGGUUGUGCAGGUCUGGUUCCAGAACCAAAGAGCCAAAAUGAAGAAACUGGCCAGGAGACAGCAGCAGCAAAAAGAGCAGCAGCAGACUCAGGAACAGCACGAGCGCCCGUCACAUCAUACAGCGACCUCCUGUGGUGGCUUGCCCUCUGACAUGGAACGCCUGGGGUCCGCUUACUCCCUCACCCAGCACCACAAACAGCAGCAGCAGCAGCAGCAGCAGAUGGGGCUCACCACACUGGAGCAGCAGGACUAUGACAUGGACCCCUUCAGACAGGGCCUGACCCCACCUCAGAUGCCAGGGGAUCACAUGCACCCCUAUGGCUUUAAGGGCCUGUACGGAGACAUGGACAGAGACCCUCUUUGUCAUGUGACUGACAGCGACUGCCUCUCCCUGGGCGGCUCCUCUCUACUCACUCCUAUUGACUGUCUCUACUCCAUGCAGGACUCUUACUUCACCUCAUGAGCGUGAAGGUUGGACUCAGUGAGGAACCGUCCGCUCUCUCACUCUACAUCUCUUUCUGGCGUCGUCAUUACAGUAUCUCCUUGGACAAUGAACAAGGUAGCCGAGGAAGUGGGUGUCAAAACAUUGUCAUGGGGAAGAGGGUGAUAUGUGAUAUGCAAUGUAAUGUAAAUCUACUGCAGAUCACCGAUUUCAGGACCCAAAUGCACCAAUAAAACAAAGAUGGGUCGAUGAAAAAAACCCAGGUAAUCCACUAACAGGAACACAGAAACACAGUCAACCUGCACAGACAAACUGACGAAGGAGUGAGGCGAAUACACAGACUCGUGCUGCGUUCAGGAAAACUCAGAAAUCAAGAUUUUCCAACCUCCUACAAGAAAAGUACAAUAGAAAACAGAAAACCAUCGUAGACCAUCAACUGAAAGGCAACACAAAGUGUGUAUGCCUAUAUUUAAUUCGUAGAAUACUUACAUCAGAUAAUGUAACCUGAAAAAAAUUGAAGUCAAAAAACAGCAGCAGUGUUAUUAGAUAGCUGGUAAUGGUAAAUAUCUCUGUUUUAUAAAGGGAUGCAAGGAGGCUGCACUGCUGAUGGUUCAAUUAUUUAAUCCUUUACCAAAACAUAACCAAAAAAUUAAACAAACCAUGUUGUUUGUUAUUAUGUUUUGGUCUGUGAGCCUGGAAUGCUUGCAGAAAAACUCAACUUCCAGGUUUUCUGGAAUGCAGCACAAAUGCAGAAGGGAGGCGACGGCAACUGUGAACCGGUGAAACUAAUUUGGAAAAUGAAAGAGAUGAAUGACGAGACCAGGAAAUCGCAAAGGGGGGAAAUGUACAAGGACGGGGAAGUAACUGCAAACCACAGACACACAAAGAAGAAUGUAUGGUUCUCGGGCUGUUGGAUAUACAGUACCAUCUGCAUGUCCAUAUAAACAUUGUUACACUUUGGCAGCGUAUGCUUUGCAAUCCCACUGUACAACACAGGCUCUUUCAAUUCUGCUGUGUUUGCAUGAUGCUGUGGGACCUCUCUCACUAAGUUUGAAUGUCAGAUUAUGAGAUUAUAACUGCAUCUGUCAAUGUAAAUAACUGUUUGGGUGUGUAUUUGUAUUUAUUCUCGCAAUGUGUGUAUGCUUCUCAUCUUGAAUGAAUCGACAAUGGUCAAUAAAUAUUGUUAUGACACA